AUAAAGUUUCGGAAUAUAUUCCUGAAAGUCAGAAUACACAAAAAGAUAAACAGAAAUACUGAUGUCCGAUGGGUUAAAAAGGGGAUCUCAUAAAAAGCUAAAAAUAGAGGUCAAAAGUAGAUUAAUAGUUGCCAUCAUGUAAUUUUAAUUUCCUCAGUCAUAUGAUGUGGCUAGUGAAGAGAAAGAUGCAACAAGUAUGAGAAUAACUGUUGAUGACAAUACUACCACUGCUCGCUACUGAGUAGAUCAUAAUGUUAAUAGUAUUGGUGCUACAAUGCUCAAUAUCAAUAUAAUACUGAUGACCAUUAACAGCCAUUAAGUAAAAAAGUAAACUCGAUUUAUGUCUUUUUAGAGAACAAGGCCUGAGGCUAAGCAACAUUGACCUUACCGAAACAUUACCAAGUCAUUCUUAAUUGAAUUGAAUAAGGGUGAAAAUAAAGUCAUCGUGGUUAUUGAAACUAAAUUAUGAACUAUUAAAACGAAAAUAAUUCUAACUGAAAAAUUAAAGAAAAAUAACCUAUGUGAUAUUUCAAGCAUCGAUAUGUCGCUGCAAGUAAAUUGGAAUAAUGGACUGACAUUUCAAAAAUACUGGCUUUCAUUUUUACUUUUCAUUACAGGAAUUCUGUGUGUAUUUUACAUUAUUAGAAGCAAUGAUGAUUUAUUUAUUUUAAAUCUAUAUAUCAAAAUGAAUGCAUCUAUCAACAACAGGAGUUUUGACACAGUAGAUCAGGGUAAUGGAGUACUAGUACAGCCAAAUCACUCGUUAAUGGAGAAAUUAACAGAAGGAGAAUGGAUCCCUAAAGAAGUAUCUCAAUCAUAUGAAGAAGCUGUAGAAGAAACUCUAGCAUCAUUGAGGCGUGAUAAAAAUAUUGAAAUGCAAACAAUAAGUGCAAGAGGAGGUUGUGGGAGACUUAUGGGAAGGAAAUACACAACAAUUUGUGAUCCUCAUGGAAAAUACCCAUGUUGUUUUAAAGGGAGAUGUGCAAAGGCCUCUAUUGAGGACUGUAAAUGUGAUAAAUGUCUGGAUGAAAGGACCAAAAUCCAUCCAGAGUUUCAUACAUGGACUCCCUAUAAUAUAACAUUGCAUACAUUUCCACCUAAGGAUAUGUGUUUGAUGUUCCAUCGUUUAAACAUAUCGUUAUUCUAUUCUCUGGGGGAUUCACUAUCUAGGGGUGUAUGUGAAGGGGCAUGGAAGAUCAUGGAACCUUUACGAACAACCCCCUUGGAUAUAAGACCUCAAGAUCAAUAUGGUCCAGAUAACUAUAAAUGUGAGGAUAUUUUCCACUUGAGGGGACAUCGCUUGUACCACACAAAACUUGCUGGAUUUGAAGUAUGCAACACAACGAAUAUCUAUUGGUCUCUAUCAAUAAAAGUUGAAGAAGGAACUCCAGCUGAAAAGGCACAUCUGUUCGAGUUAUUAAAUACAACAUACCCAGGAGACGUUGUCCUCCUUAUGAACAUGGCCCUCCACAUAGGCCUACAGCUAAGAAAAGUACAGACUUUCAUCAAGACAAUACUUACACAUAUACAAAAUACAUACACAGAUAGGAAGUUCUAUAUCAUCUUUUUCCCACCUUACACUCCUGGAUUACAUAAAGCUAGAAGAUAUAAAAAACAACAAAAGGGCCCAACAAUGGAUUUUACGAUCAAUAUGAAAAAGUAUGUUAUGGAUAAUAACGUGAGGUUGACUUACUUAAAUCCUCAAAUGCUUGUGAAACAUUUAAUUAGCUAUGAUGGGACACAUUACACACAGGGACUGAAUGAGGCCAUGUUUCAAAUUAUCAUGAAUUAUCUGAACUACUCACAAAUGUGAUACUAUAUUUGAAUAUAGUACCUAUUGCCAUGUAUUAGCUAUGAUGGGACACAUUACACACAGGGUCUAAAUAAGGCCAUGUUUCAAAUUAUCAUGAAUUACUUGAAC